UUGACUCAUUCCAUACGCGCGGGCAGCGCGGGAUUUUCGCGAUUUUUGUAGUGCAAAGUAUCCGAAGCUUGAUCCGAAUUUCAGGCACAAUGACUUCUGAGGACAUUUGUGCUUUUGUGGAUGAUAUAUUGACUGAACUACAGAAGCCAACGAGCAGUUCAAGCACUCCUCAGCUUUUAAACACGCUUUGUAAUGACAAGCUAUUUCUUGACAACAUGAGUGUUGUGCAAAAUGAUACAAAAGAGUUAUCUGGGAAGAUGAACCUCGAUGUUGAUUCCGAUUUGAAGAAACACACCGACUUGAAGGCGAAGACUCUGCAGAACAUAUCGGAGGCCAGAAAAGAGAUAAGACUCUUGACUUCAGAGCUACAGAAUGAGCAGAGGUCAGAGGAAGCUAAACUGACUACAAAAUACAGGCAACUGGAGCGGGAAAAGGCCACGUUCUCCGUCUACCACCGUGUGUCAGGGAACAUGCGGCUCGACUCGCAGCACACCGGACCCGAGGUGCGCGGCGUCGUCUCGAGCGCGCCUACCACGGCCAUCACCUUCAGCAUGCGGCCCGACGAGCUCUCGACCGCCAAGCUGACCGACCGGCUAUGGCAGACCGCUGCACGGGACCAGGGCGUCUCCAAGGCCGCGGUGGAUGUCAAAUAGAUUCACACGUGUUUUUACAAAGACUUGCUUCUUUUCUGUCGUGUAUGUUGUGUAUCGCUAUAAUGGCCCUUUCACACGUAGCAACUUUUCAGUCGCCGGCGACAGCAGCAGUCGCCGGCGACCGCCAGCGACCGCCAGCCAACGAUCGUGUGUGACGUAGGUAUGACGUAAGCAAGUCGGUGGCGAUCGCCGGGCCACGGCCGGGCAAUCGCCAGCAACUGGUGACGUCAGAUCCGCGUCACAGGCCAGUCGCCGGCGACUCUUCUCGAGCAGCGGACGCCGCCAUGACAGUUUUGUCCUUGACAAGUCACAGCGUUACCUGAUGAGUCAAGAGGUUCUGUACCUGAUGUACCUGAUCAAGAGUGUUCCCCGUGGUUCAAAGCAGGAACAGCAUUGAGUGCUGACAUUGAAGGCGAAUUGUGAAACGGUUUAACCAAUAUUCUGUGAGACGACCGCUGCAUCAAAGAUUGUGUUUUUGGAAGACUCGAAGCCUGCCAGUUUUUCUGGAUGCCCGUGUAUAUGAAGGAGCCGUGCAGUGCAGACCGUGUGGCCGUCAGCGCGGCCGGCUGUGUAUAUAGGCGGGCGGCUGCUGCCACCCGCUGCCAGACGUCAGUGGCUGCGGAGGUGUCAGUGGUCAGCGGAUCGUCACCGCCGUGGGACAACCCGGUAGAGCAGCGAUGAAGUACUUUGCUGCGGCUGUGCUGGCCUGUCUGGCAUGGUUUUGUACUGUGUCUUUGGCAUACAGCCCGAGCUACCCUGUUCAGUCCGGUGGGGCUAGCGUCCCGGCCCCGUCAGGGUAUGGCGCUCACAGGGGGCACUCAGGCCGCGGUCACUCAAAGAUCCACCGUCCGUCGAAAGUCGUGCACAGCGGCUCUGUGGACCAGACAUCUGUCCAGUACGGACAGCAGACUGCCCAGCAUGCGCACGGUAUUGGUGGCCCUCGUUUGAGCGCGCCACUGGAGCAUGGAAGUGCUCACGCAACCCUAGGUGCCGCCCAUUUUGACGCCCAACAAGCGCAUGAGAGGGCACACGCGUCCCUAGGUGCCGCCCAUUUCGGUGCACAGCAGGCACACGAGAAUGCGCAUGCCUCGCUAGGCGCUGCUCAUUUCAGUGCAAAAGAAGCACAUGAAGACGCGCAAGCUUCUCUGGGAGCCGCCCAUUUUAGCGCGCAGCAGGCACACCAAGAGGCGGGUUCUACCCUUGGCGCCGCCCAUCAUAGUGCGCAGCAGGCGCACGAAGAGGCUGGGUCUACCAUAGGUGACGCCCAUUACAGAGCACAGCAGGCGCACGAAGAAGCUGGGUCUACCCUACACGCAGCUCAUUUUGGUGCGCAACAGGCGCAAGAAAGUGCUCAUACUGACGUAGGCUCGGCCUACGUCACUGCACAGCAAGCCCACGAAAGUGCGUAUGCCAGCGUCGGUGAGGCUUAUGCGAGCGCGCAGGAUGCCUACUCUGAAGCACAGUCUGGUCUCGCCGACGCCCGUGAGAGCGCGCGCGAGGCGUAUGCUCGAGCACAGGCUGCUAUCAAGGAACUUGCGCUCUUUGCCUCUCAAUCUCGACUCACGCUAUCAACCUCUUAUAUUCUCAACAACGCACGUUUCAUCGUCAGCCAACACUUUGGUUCGUCGAAAGUGAAGGCGCCGCGCAUCAUUGUCAGAGACGCAGCAAGCAGCGGCCUGGUCUGCGUGCCCGCGACCUCCUUCAACGCCUCCUGGAUAGUGCCGGGCGGAGCGUCUUCGGCGGGGGUCGGCGUAGGAGGAGGACUGGGAGUGAGUGGCACCGGAUCAACCGCCACCGGAGUCUCCCAGACGCACGCUGCCGAGUUCGAACAUGUGGGUGGCGACGAAGUGCAAAAGGCCAUCAGACCGUUCAGCACCGUUGGUCAGGGACAUGGAAUCCUGGUCUCAGUCACUGGCGUGUCAUCUGGCUAUGGUUCUUCGGGAACCCGUGUGUCCGGGGUGUCCGGCCACGCUUCCGCUUCGAUGGGCCCGUCUGGUGUGGCGCUGUCGGCAGGACACCAGGUGCACGGGGCUGGCGGUCACGAGCACGCCGUCACCGUGCACGAUGAGACCGUCCAACAGGAAGUAUACUCGGAGCAGACCGAUGUUGGCCACUCUAGUUCUGACGUCGAAACAUUCCCCUCCUCAUCGGGACUACACACGGGAGCUGAGGGUGGUCGGGGUAGCGGCAUCGGCAGUGGCACGCAUCCUCAAGCUAGCCGCGCCCAUACGUCAGGAGAAGACGCCUCUUCCGCAGCUGAGAGCGUUUCCACAUCAACCGGUCCCGUUGGAGGUCCGUCCUUCACCGCAGGACACGCCUCGGCGUCUCCUGAGGUGCUUUCGUCUUCAGCCGGAGGAGCGAUUUCGGGUGGAGGUAGGGUAGCCAGCGCCUCUCGCAGCGUCUACUCGACCGAGUCGGGUCACGGCGCCUCGGCCGGCUCCGCACAUGGCGGCUCCAGCGGCGGCGGGCCCAGCGUGGCGGCGUCGUCUGUCGAUGGCGACGGGCGUGCCUCGCUGUACGUCUCCGGGCAGCACGCCGAGGCGGUCACGGCCGGCGCCGAUGGCUCGGCAGUGCACCUAAGCAGCACUGGCGGUCUCUCACACUACGGCUUGGCCGAGUGCGAGUGUGUGCCCGACUACCUGUGCGACGAGGACGGGCUCAUCAACACCUCCGGCGUGGGCAUCAUCAGCGUGCGCAGCUUCUCGGCCGGCGGCACGGCGGCGACGGUGGACUCGCGCUGCCAGCCGGGCCACGUGUGCUGCCGACACCGAGACCGGCGCCAGCCCGUCUCCUGGAGACCGCUCGGCUGCGGCACCCGCUCCCCGAUCCGGCUUGACCGGCGGGUCGUCUCCGGAGAGGCCGCUCGUCUCGGCGAGUUCCCUUGGAUGGUGGCACUGAGGCUGGUCUCAUCCUCCGGCAAGACGCACAAGAACAAGUACCUCUGCGGGGGUUCGCUGAUCGCACCGAACGUUGUGCUAACGGCCGCCCACUGCGUCUACAAGUACCGCGCCGAGCGUUUAGUGGCUCGAGUUGGCGAAUGGGACACCAACAACGCCGACACCGUCUACCCGCACGAGGACCGCGCCGUCGCUGAGGUGGUGGUGCACCAGCAGUUCGCCUCGGACUCGCUCCACUACGAUGUGGCACUUCUGCGGCUCGAGUCACCUGUCGAGACCGACGCCCACAUCAACACCAUCUGCCUGCCCGACGAUGGUGACCACCACAUCGACUUUGCCGACUGUUACGCCACCGGCUGGGGCCAGGAAUCGUUUGACAAUGCCUUCUACCCGAACCUGUUGAAGAAGGUGCCGCUGCGCACGGUGGAGAGCGGUCGCUGUCAGACCCAGUUGCGGCAGACUCGGCUGAGCAAGUGGUUUGAGCUGCAUGACACGUUCGUGUGUGCCGGCGGCGAACCGAACGUGGACACGUGCCUGGGCGACGGCGGCUCGCCGCUCGUCUGCCGCGACACGUCGGCACAGUACGACGACGAGGAGACCUUUGUCCAGGUCGGCAUCGUGGCCUGGGGGAUCAACUGCCACCAGGCCGGUGUUCCCGGAGUGUACGCUGACGUGGUGGCCCUGAUGCCGUGGAUCCGCAGCGCUCUCGACUCGCUGACCAGCCGACCGUCGUACUAGCGCUGCGACUGAGAAAUACAGAGUGCUGCGGCAGACCGCGGCCCUGCCGGCCCUCAAAGGUAGUCACAGCGCACGACGCCUCGACGCCCGGCCUUACUCGGCCAGUGAUUCAGCUAUGAUGAGCGGCUUUCGAGUUUCUGGAGCCCUGUAUUAAGGAUGUGUUUUUUUUUUGGAAAUACAAGCAUAGCUCGAAAGUGCUUUUUAA